CACACACACACACACAGCAGUUGAUGUAGAGAAGGAAAGAGAUGUUCAGACAUCCGUUGAUACAGCCGUCGUGUGAUGACCUAUUUUAAAUGUCAUCAUGGACUUUGACUACCAGCGCUUAAAAGAUGUUGAAAUCCUCAGGCGAGAAGAGCGAAUCAGCUGCCUGCCAAUCCAACCCCAAAAGCCUGUCCCACACCAGCAUUCUGCUCAAGACCCACCCACACGCCAGACUCCUCCAAUCAAACCCAGGCGGAGCUUAAAGGUUCCCAAAACCCUUCGUGAGGAGGUGGUGCUACCAGACAAACAAACCAAUUGCCAGGAGAAUGAGAUAGUAGUGAAGAGGGUGUCUCCUGCUCUGACUCUGGGUGGCCCCGGGGCCCUGGAGCCCUUGUCCCCGUCCCUUCGGGCACACACCCUGCUGUGGUUUGAGAGGACACAGCUUCCCCGCCUGUGUCGGCCUGGUCGCCCAAUGCCCUGCUGGCUACACGGCUUCGCCACACGCAGGGAGGCAGAGGAGCUUCUAAAGGACAAGCACCAGGGCUGUUUUCUGCUCAGGCUCAGCGAGUCAAAGAUUGGCUUUGUACUCUCGUACAGAGGAAUGGAUAGGUGCCGCCAUUUCAUCAUAGAGGAAGAAGAGGGUGGCAGAGGGGCGUGUUACCUCAUCGCUGGGGAGGAGAGUCGCCAUAGCAGCCUGCAGGAGCUGGUCAGCUAUUACACCCAGUAUCCCGUGGGGCCCUUCAACGAGAUUCUCACCACGCCCUGUGACGAGUCCAGUGAAGCUUGUGAGGGUACAGUUAAACUGGGGUUGCAGGAUGAAGGUGGAGAGACAACGAAAGUGACCGAAAAGGAAGCCUCAUCGUAUGCACCCUCGGCUCCUGCCACUGUCCAUGUCCAAGAGAUAUUGGCCAGCUCAGCCCCUACAAACGACGGGACGCCAGAGUAUGCUGUGGUGAAGAAGGUGCUAAAAAAGUCCCUUUCUCAACCAGAAAGCCAGCUUGGGGAACUGUUGGUGGUGACAAACCUGAUCCUCCCCGAAGAUGUGACAGAACCUGACGUUAGCUGUGCAGGAGCAUUUGGCGGGGGAGAGAACGCCUUCGACGCACUGUACGCCCGGGUCAACAAGCCACCAAGCAUGCUUUCCCAUACAUGUCCCUACGUCAAUGUGGGCAAUCCUCCAGGCCAGGAGGCGACAGCGUCCUCCGUCCCUCCCAUGCACCGUGGGUCCACGGGGGACCCAAGCUACUGGAAGUUGGAGCCCCUGCACACCUACGAGGAAACCCCUCAUCUGGUUCAACGUGAAGAAGAGACAAAGGAACACAUUGACUUCUACGCCAUGGGGCGCUGGCGGGAUGCCGAGAGGAGUACAGACCCCCAGCAUCACCUCUACUCAGAGGUGAACCUAAGAACAAGAGAGGCCCCCAGUCACAUCCCCCUUCCAGCCAGGACAGCCCCCAACCGGCCUUUACGACUGCCUCCCAGGCCUGUUAACUGCCCCCCUCAACAGGACGGAAGUGUGCAGCGAUGUGGAGAUCCCAUCUUGUCCUCUUCCCCAUCCCGACCUGGAGUCUUUCUGACACCUUGUUCAGAACGACCUUUGACCCAAGACCCGAGCACCAGCAUCUAUGAACAGAUCCCAGAGAGGCCAACCAGCUCAAGGCCUCCUCUGCCUCCACCCAAUCCGACCACUCCUUACUAAGACCCUAUCAUACAACUCCCCUUGUAAACAAAAUAAACUAUAAACCCUAAACACCAAAGACCCUCUUUGCAAAUAUCCAGAAUUAAGCCGUACUUACUGUACACUUAAAUCAACUGAUCAAGUUAUAUGUUCUAUUUAACAAGAGGCUAGAGACAGUCCUGAAUGUCAAUCUGUGUGCCAAAAAUGCAUCUACAGAAGUUGUGCUCCGAUUUUGUGCCCACUAACCCACAAAGAUUGAGAAAUGUGUAAAAAUACAAGAAUCUCACUUGAUAAAACUCAGCUUGUUUAUUUCCCAAACAAGACAAAGUCCCACCCAGAACUACCUGGGAAACAAUUCACUUUUUUUCUGUAGAAAUUACUUUAAGGGUUUCAAAACAAAUUAAUUACAAAAUAAAACAUAAAGGCAUAAAGUUCAUAUCAUUCUUGCAUUCAGCUGUAGUCUGACUUGGACACCCCUCUGUAUAUGUACUGUAUGUAAUGCAUGUGUGUGUGUAUGGAAUAGAAUAACCAGCAAUGGAACCACUAGCCCAUUCUCGCCAUCAUCGCACGCUAAAGUCCACAAAGCUCAUAAUCCUACAAUCAAUCACAAGGAAGCACAUCUUCCCAGAUCACUCAUAUUACAUGUUUUGUUUUACCCCAAUAUGGGUAAGUAUGUUAUUACGGCCACUCCUCCCAUCCUGAGUUACUAAUACCCUUUUCACACUACUGAGCAGAGAUGUACUGCACUAGUCUGGAUGCAGAUCCAGCAUCGUUGCUGGAACUAUGCUGGAAAGAACAAAGUGACAAGAAAAUAUCUGAGCCAGCACAGUACAGUUUAUGACAGCACAAUAGUGUGAAAAGGUGCAGGUUCUUGAACACCCCCCCCCAAAAAAGCCAUUGCUAGUUCCACAGUGGAGAGUGGUAUUCAGUUCUUCUUGGCCUUGGGCGAGUCGUACUUCCUCUUGCUAGAGAACCACAGGAGCAGGGGGAUGCCGAUGGAGGGGAGGGUCAUUACGCCGAAGGCGGCCCAGUCCAGCUGGAAGGAGAAAGAGAGAGGGGGGUGAGGGAAGAGGGUGAUGUGGAGGUCACAGCCAAUUAAAAAGGCCUAGGUCAAAUUUAUCAAGAAAACAUUUGGAAAACAGGGAGAUACUUCUAGAACUCGUCCAUCAAAAGGGUUUUGUUACAAAACCCUACUGAAGUGGGGUUCUAUUUAAAUUGUAUACAAAAUGGACAGUGGAGAAUAAAACCAAAUUAACCAUG